AUGGCGUCAGCAGAAACAGCGCCUCUUUUAGGGGCACCUGGCCCAAGUACACUUCCAGAUAUAGACUCGGAUACGACUCCAUCUCGACCAGCAAACCCAAAACGUCUAUCGGCUGGCGUGGCGCGUAUGGAAAUCGUGUCUCGCAACAUUACAACGACACACCGCGUCUGGUUAUUCAUCAGCAUCUUUCUCGUCGGAUAUGCAUACGGUCUCGAGAGUCAAACACGACUCGCUUAUCAAUCUUACGCAACAUCCAGUUUCGAUUUGCAUUCUUACUUAUCAACGAUCAAUGUCUUGCGCAAUGUUAUCGCAGUCGCAGUGCAACCGAGCGCCGCUAAAAUAGCAGAUGUCUUUGGACGGUUUGAAGUCAUCGCUAUUUCUACCGUGCUGUACACUAUCGGUAUCGCGAUCGAGUCAACUGCACAGAGCGUCGAGGUGUUUUGCACCGGAAGUAUUAUUUACCAGACGGGAUACACUUGCAUCGUUUUGCUAUUAGAAGUCCUCAUCGCCGAUUUCUCGUCCAUGCGCGCAAGAGUCUUCUUCAGUUAUCUGCCCGCAAUCCCAUUCUUGAUCAAUACAUGGAUCAGCGGAAACAUCACCUCUGCUGUCUUAGGAUCGACCAGCUGGAGAUGGGGACUCGGCAUGUGGGCCAUCAUUUAUCCCAUCGCUUCGCUUCCCCUACUCUCAUGCCUUUACUUUCUUGAACGACGUACGUGGGAGUCCGAGGGCAAGGAGAGCGAGGCAGUUGCACUUCUCUCUCUCAAGACCAAGAAAGGAAGAGCAGACCUUUUUCAUCAACUCGAUGUCAUCGGUCUCGUUCUUCUCGUCACUGCCUUCUCACUCAUCCUAGCACCUUUGACCGUUGCAGGAGGAACAGCCAGUCACUGGCGUAGCUGGUACAUAAUUCUCCCUCUGGUUGUAGGAUUCUGCCUAAUGGUCUGUUUCAUCGCCUGGGAACAGCGAGGCGCUAAACAUCCUCUGAUCCCAUUCCAUCUCCUCCGCGACCGAGGCGUCUGGUCUGCCCUGGCUGUACGAAGUUUGCUCAACCUUGCUUGGUGCACACAAGGAAACUAUCUAUAUACGAUCCUUAUCGUGGCUUUUGACUUUUCCAUUGAGAACGCGACCCGCAUUUUAUCCUUCUUCUCAUUCUUCGGCGUCAUCACCGGAGUAUUGGCUGGUCUUGUCAUCUUCAAGAUCCGACGACUUAAGUUUAUCAUUGUUGGCGGAACCCUGCUUUUUAUGGCCGCUUUUGGAGUUUUGAUCAUGUACCCUGGCGGUGCAUCUAUCUCAUCAAAGGACGGAAUUAUCGCAGCGCAGAUCCUUCUUGGUGUUGCUGGUGGAUUCUUCGCUUAUCCCACCCAGGCAUCCAUCCAGGCUUCUGCAUCACGAGAACACGUUGCUAUUCUCACAGGCCUUUACCUGUCAUUCUACAACAUCGGGAGUGCAUUUGGUACAUGUCUUUCCGGAGCCAUAUGGACACAAACUCUCUACAAGUCUCUGAAGCACAACCUUGCUUUUCAGCCUGACGAGGGACUUGCAAAGGCCAUUUACAACAACCCCUUCUCCAUCAUUCCAGAUUACCCAGUGGGAACCGAGAUUCGAGACGCAAUUAUCAGCAGCUACAGUUCUGUUCAGCGAUUACUUUGCAUUGCAGGAAUUUGUGUUUGCAUUCCCAUGAUUAUUUUUGCUUUAGCGCUGAGGAAUCCGCGAUUGUCGGAGCAGCAAGUUCAGACGGAGGAUGAGAAUAACCAUGAGGCUUGA